AUGGCAAAUGCCUCAGGCAAUGCGGCUCCUGAUAUGCGUCCCUCGCCGUCAUCCACAUCGGCUCAGUCAUUGAACUCUUCUACAUCAAGGACACCACUUAAUAACAAUCCUCCACCACCCACAAACGACUCUGCUGCUACUGAAGAGGAUCACACAACUUACUUUUUGCUCGACAUUGAAGACGCCCCACCUGAAGACCAUGUCAGCCAUACUAGUUCAAAGCAUUCCACGUCUCGUCGUUCUAGCACAACUUCCGAUUCUUCAGACUCGAGUGUGUCAGCGCAAGUGGUGAUCGAUCACGGAUCUUCAGUGCCACGCCGAUUCGAAAAGCAUAUUGCUGGCCACGUCUUCCGAUCCGAUAACGAGGAAUCAGAAAGCGACUAUGCAUACAGUUAUCGUACGUCACCACCGGGCAGGGCAGAUCAUUCACAUCAUCAUCAUCAUCAUCAUCAUCAUGACGACGACGAAGUGGAUAUAAAAGACAAUAGACCAUCAUCAUCGUCAGCAGCAGCAGCAGCAACAGCUUCACCACUCAAAGACAUUGGAUUCAGUAACCAUGACGCCGACACAGCACGCAAAAGUGAUGUUUCGAUGGAUGAGACACCGGCAUCACCCUCAACGACAUGUCCUGGUGGUGGCGGUGGACUUACAGUAUACACAGAGGAAGAGGAGGAUUUGAUGGAACAAGUACCAAGUUGGGAUCAUGAGAGAAUACGGCAUGAAACGGAGAAUGAUAAUAGUCCUUAUGAUGCUGGCGAUGAGAGUGUCGAUCCUUCUCGAAUCACCCACCGUGAAAAUCGCAAACCACGCAAAAGACCCCAUCAUCAUCGUUUAUUACAAGAAGAUCUUCAUUCUCAUUCUUGGAGUCGGCGAGAAAGUACACAUGAUCAACGAAAAACGGGUUUAUCAAGUGAUGAGGCAUUACGCAAGUUGCUUGUGGUGGCAAAUCAGAUUUUGGAUGAGGAGCGUGCAAGGAUAGCAAAGACCAUAUCAAUCAGCGAUUGGGCCCUUCGACCAUGGUCACUCCUUGGCAUUAUCACCGGCUUUUCAUUACUUGUAUUUUACCUUGUGGGCUACUUUCUCAGUGAUCCAUACCAAUAUCGGGUGACAGGUGUGCUGGUGGAAGCACUAUUGAUAUUUGCGAUGGUUGCUUGGAACGGAUACCUAUAUCGCAGAGAACAACGCAUGACGCUUUUCGAGAUGACCAACAGGGCGUCCACGAUUAUCGAAUCAUUAGAGCGCAGUGGAAUGAACAUGGUUCAAGAUACCAGGAUACCCUUUAUUCCAUGCAUGUCGGUGGCACGUGUUGUGCGUGAUGGCGUUGUACGAAUAUUCCCUGUCAAUCUGCUUGUGGAAGGCGAUAUCGUAGAGAUGUUAUAUGGCGACGUAUCACCAGGGCGAAUGAAGUAUAUCCAUACCCCUCCAUCAGCAACCGAUCCAGCCUUUUUCACUGAACAGCAACAACAACAACCAAUAUCAUCAUCAUCGCCACAUCUCCCUGAUGAACAUGAGCAGACCGGUGAUACGCAUUCAUUACAGACCAGAGAAUAUUAUCUUGCCAGAGAUCAAGUGUUUAAGCCCUCCUUUUUUGGUGUACCUCCGCCCAAUGGAUUAAUGGAAGAAUAUCUUCGUGCAAGAGGGCGCUAUCAUUUCGUGCUGCUUGAGACACCCCUUGAAAGGAAUAUGCGUAAAGCACUCACACAAAAACGACCCAACACAGUGCUGGCUACUGAAGCUCAAAAACUUGAACAUGUUUUUUAUCAUUACUUGAUAUGGAUCGUUCUCGGCAUUUCUAUGGUCAUCAAUUUGCUUCGAUUUGGCUUACGUGACAUGCUUCUCCUUGGUACGCAUGUUGAUCAGCUGGCAGAAUUGUUUUGCGCUCUCCCAUUCUACGUUACGCUACCAUUAUUGCCUCUUUGUUUGCCAAGCCUAUGGCUCAUUGCACGGAGCUUUGGAAAUGCGCAGCUGCUUAUUCUAUUCGAGGCAUUGCAAAUAUCCAAGACCGAAUACGAAGAUGAUGAUGAAGUGGAUGAAUUUGAUACCGAGGCACCUCCACCCACCAAAGAUGUCGAAUUGAGCCCAAAGGUGGUAUGGGAUCGAUUCUGUGCUUUAUUAUUGAAAUGGGAUAAUUUGUCCUUGACAAGGUCCACCAACUUGCUCGAGUCGCUUGGCAGCACUACCGUCAUAUGUUGCUUGGAUAGGGAAGGCACGAUUGCCAAUCCAUUCCCAACCGUUGAGCAGCUCAUGUUUCCCGAAAAGGAGGAUGUGCGUUAUGUGGAUGUUACCGAGGAUUCGGAUGAAGAGCUUGGUAUAAAGUUUGAAGAUCAAGAUUGGGAACACUAUUUACCAUCUCUCAAACCUGUCGGCCUAAACUUUAUGCUCAACACAAAUUGUGGUGUCCUCCAAGGUAGAAAGCGGUCCGAUUAUCAUCGUCGUCGAUCCAAGCUCCAUGUUUACGUCCGUACAGCUCCUGCUAGGCAAACAUGUUUGUGUCGGCUUGGAAAAUGCAUUGGUUUUAAGGAAGAAGCCUUGCGUUCGUUUGCUCAACGAGCCGAGAUUUAUGCGUUUGCACCUUAUCAUGAUAUUCUUGACACGCCACGAUACAAGUACAGCCAAUAUUUCCAAUUCGAAGUUCCCAAUGCACUAUCUACCGUUUUCGAAGAAAGAGAAUCGGGGAGUUAUCAAUUGUUAACGGAUGGUCAUCCUUCCCUUGUGCUUGACAAGUGCUCGGAUUAUUGGGAUGGCGUUGGGUUACGAACAAUGAGUGGAACAAUGGAAAAGAAGAUCAGCGACUUUUUCCAGAAUGCCAUGGUCCAUGAUAUGCAAUGCAUUGCUUAUGCUUAUCGACCCAUCAAUACGAUCAAUGGACAAAGAAUCCCAUUUCUCAACCCUGAUAGUGAGGAUCAUGAAGAACCAGGAUGUGCGUUUGUGGUGCACCCAUACAAGCAACCCAGCUCAGAUAGUUCAUCCUCUUCCAGCAGCAGCGGCAGCAGCAGUAGCACUACCAGCAACUUGCCAUCCCUUUCUUAUCCCGAGUUACCUAUUUCCUUGGACGACAAUCAGCAAGCAGCAGCACCCGUUGAAGAAGAAAGCUCAUCAUCCAAAGCUGUGACUCAACAGAGACGAUCAUCAAGAGAUAGUCAAUGGUCGACUAGCAGUGAUAGCACCAGCGAUUAUUCUUUCGAAGAGGACGAGCCUGUGAAUGAAGAAGAAGAGGAGACAUUUUACAAGGAAGUUGUCAAGGGCCAAAUCUUUUUGGGAAUGACGGCUAUGUGUCAUCAGCCAAAACCGAAUGUUGUUGAUUGUAUCGAAGAUCUUGGAUUGGCUGGUAUUCGUUUUGUCAAUUUCUCACCCACAGCCGAACGUGAAUCCAAAGCGUUUGCUGAAAGAUUGGGUUUGGAGACGGAUUGGAACAGCUGCAUUUUAUUGUCAAGCCCGGAUGAUGAAAAUUGUGGAAAUGGUUAUCUGCAAUCGCACGACAUUAAGGCUCAACUUCCUCGAGGCAUUGAUCAAAUCCGACGCCAUUUGGAAGAUGUGGAUGAUAUUCCCUUGCAUGUUUCUUUAUUUGCCGAAUGCACACCACGUGCCAUCAAAGAGAUGAUCCGCAUUUUCCAAGAGUACGGUGAAGUAGUAUGCUGCAUCGGCAACGCUCUCAACACGAGAAACACAGAGUCAUUUGCAUUAGCGGACAUGAGCAUUGCCAUGGAACCCAUGCACACACGAGCCCAAACCAAAGGACGUCUCUCACUUGGCAGCAAACAGCCGCCUUUGGCUGUGGGUGCAUCCCUUGUCAGUCUACCAUGUGGUCUAUUUAUGCAAUACGAGACGAGCUUGUACGCUGUGACACAAAUGAUACGAGAUGCACGACGACUUUUGAGCUGUAUUCGUAUGGGAUUCGCAUUCUAUGCUGGUGCAUGCAUGUCACUUUCCUUAAUGCAAUUGCUCACUUCUUGCAUGCUUCUUCCGCCCGUGCUCACCGGUUACCAAAUUUUGUGGAUCAUAUGGAUCAUUCUCCCCAUCCUGAGCCUAUCAAUGUUGUUUACGCCCCACGAUGACAAUAUUAUGCUACUCAUGCCAGGCAAAAACAUUGAGCAUUUGACGGGUCUCAUGCGAUUCAUGAUGUACUUUGUUCUACGAUUUCUCCCGCUCAUCAUCAUGUGUAUCAUUGUGUAUGCCCUGACGCUCGUUCACGCAUUGCAUAUUCCUGCUUCAGCAGCGUUUGGAGGAUUUGGACAACAUGGAUGGUUGCAUUGGAGCCACGAGCAACAGUGGGGUGUUUUAUAUGCCCAAAACUUCAUGCUUAUUUGCUUUGUGUGGUGCCUGGCAUGGAUGUCGCCAUCCUUUUUGCACCGGACAUUCUCGAUCAUUCAUUCGAUUCCAUUCAAGAAUAAGGUGUGGAUGGGUGCCUUUGUCUUAAGCAUUGUAUUACAAUUUUGCUUUUGCGCUGUUUCGCUUGCACACGGUCCAUUCCGAUUAGACAGCAUUCCUUGGUAUGUCUACUUUUUGGGUUUCAUUUGGCCUUUGGUGUUGUUGCCGAUCCAAGAAGUUGUCAAAAUGCACGAUAACAAGGAGUUUACCCGAUUCCAAAAACGAUCCAAGCUCGAAUUUAGUACCAAGCUUGGAAUGCAUUCACCCUUGUAG